UGAACAUAGAGGAAACUGUCAGCUCCAUUGUGGUUCAACCAAUAGAAGCACAGCUCCAUCUUGGCUGUGCACUAGACUGCAUUACAAACAGACGAUACCAUCGCUUCAGCAGCAUCCUCUCAGACAAGAGAUCACCUGUCAUCGAAGUUUAAAGAAGGGGAAACGGGAGACAGAAAUACACUGAACCAAAAAGAUUCAAAAGAGCAAUAUAAGAAGUGGAAUCUCUAAGAAUGGCUUCCAGCCACUGGAAUGAAACCACUACCUCUGUUUAUCAGUACCUUGGUUUUCAAGUUCAAAAAAUUUACCCUUUCCAUGACAACUGGAACACUGCCUGCUUUGUCAUCCUGCUUUUAUUUAUAUUUACAGUGGUAUCUUUAGUGGUGCUGGCUUUCCUUUAUGAAGUGCUUGACUGCUGCUGCUGUGUAAAAAACAAAACCGUGAAAGACUUGAAAAGUGAACCCAACCCUCUUAGAAGUAUGAUGGACAACAUCAGAAAACGUGAAACUGAAGUGGUCUAACACUCUACAGAAGAUGAACAAAAUCUCUGAAAGCAGCUCAACCUCUUCUGAGAAAAAAAAUAUAUUCUGAGGCCAACUGUUGCUACAAAACAAAUUCUGACUGAAUGGUUAAAACAUUUCUAGUAGAAGGGGAAAAAAAAGCUAAAUAUGCACUGUUUGUGUGUAUAGCCAUUUCAUUAAAUAUACAGUAAAACUUCAUGAAUGUGAAUUUACUAAUCUGUUUAAUACUGACACUUCAAAAACUGGAUAAAAGAUUCCUAGAGUUCAAUAUUAAGCAGCAAAAGAUAAGCUGCAAAAGACAAGCAAGGCUAAUGAUGCUAAAAUGAUUUUAUAACUAACCAAUUCAUGUAGACAAAAAAUAGUGUGUUGGUAACAAAAAGGCUAUUUAAAACAUGUUUCUAAGUCUGAAGUAAAAUACUUCCACUUAUAUAUAUAAAGUUCCUGUUGAUUAAAAAGUAGUAUUUUCUAAUUUACUGAAAACAACUUGUAUAAAUAUAUAACGACUUGAGUUUUAUGUAGGAUUAGUACGAAAAAGUCUCAAAAUAAUAAAAAAUGCCACAAGUAUAUUUGCACAAAAUUCUCACAAAACUGACUUACUGUUUAGUUAGAAAUGCAUGAUAUAGGAAAGGCCUAGUCUAUUUUCAAACUAAAACUUACUACUAUACCCCUUCAUUUCCUGAGUUUGUUCUUUCAUUUUACCUCUCUUAUUUAUACUCUCAAAGGCUAAGAUAACCAAGGCAGAAAGACUGCCCUCCCCGCCCCCAAAAAAGGUCAAAAGAUAGGGCCACUCAACACCUGGUGAAAUAUGGCAGUUUUAUUUCUUGGAAUUCCAAGGGCUAUAUAGAUAUUUUGUGACCCUAACACUAUUUUGCUAUCACCCAUGAGCAAACAAAAGCAUGCUCUUAACCACUAUACUACCCCUAAGUCAGAAAUGCCACUCCUGGAAAUGUAUCCUAAGCACUUAGUUCAAAUGUACAAGCUCAAGGUACAAAGAUUUUUUACAACGGCAUUACACAAAAUAACAAAAAAUUGAAAAUAACUAAGACUUUAACUAAAUGUGGCACAUCAACUUAAUGAAUUAUUAAAAAGCAACUGAAGG